AUGGAGUUCAUCUUAAUUGGGUUAUCUAAACACCCCAGAGCUCAGACAGUAUUCUUUGGUUUCCUCUUUGUGGCCUACCUCAUCAGUCUUCUUGGCAAUGGCCUCAUCAUAAUAUUGAGUAUUGCUGACGCACGGCUUCAUACCCCCAUGUAUUUCUUUCUCUGUGUCCUCUCCUUGAUAGACUUAAUCCUCACCAGCAAUACAGUUCCUGAGGUCUUGACCAACUGCUUCAUUCACAGGCCCACGAUUUCCUUUUCCAGAUGUCUGAUCCAGAUGUAUGUUGGACUAUUACUUGUCUCAACAGAAUGCAUCCUCCUUGCUGUCAUGGCAUAUGAUCGCUUUGCAGCUAUAUGCCAGCCUCUACACUACAUGCAGAUCAUGAGCUGGAGAUUUUGCAUUUGUCUAGUGGCUGUAUCUGUGGCCUUUCCUUGCCUGACAACCCUCAUCAAUACACUGUUGCGGCCUACCGAUUUCUGUGGCCAACAUAUCAUCAACCAUUUUGCAUGUGAGCUGGAGACAUUCCUUAAACUGGCCUGCUCUGACACAUAUACUGCUGAGCUCUUCUUGUAUGUUUCCAGUCUCUUUCUCCUAAUACCUCCAUUUGGUUUCAUCGUUGUGACAUAUGGACGCAUAGGUCUAGCUGUAUUGCACAUGCACUCGACACAGGGUCGCAAGAAGGCUUUCUCCACCUGUAGCUCUCACCUUGCUGUGGUCAGUAUCUUUUAUGGCACAAUCAUGAUCAUGUACUUGAAGCCCCAAGAGAAAUCUGUUUCUGACAAGGAUAAAGUCAUAUCUGUAGCAUAUGGGGCACUGACUCCCAUGCUCAACCCUCUGAUCUACAGCUUGAGAAAUAGAGAUGUGAAGGGGGCUUUCUGGAAACUGAUUGGGAGGAAAAGAUCUGAAUAA